AUGGAAAAAAUGAUAGAUUUACAUUUAUUUUAUCUUUUAAUUAUUCGAAAAACUCAUCGCGAUGCAACACCAUCGAAGAUGUAUGCAUUUUCAUCAUUUACAUAUUUAUUCGCAAUGCUUUCAAGUAAUUAUGCUUUAGAAUUUGUUAGUUAUCCAAUGCAGGUUUUAGGAAAAUCAGCAAAACCGGUUCCAGUUAUGCUUUUGGGUGUUUUAAUAGCAAGAAAACGAUAUCCACUGAAGAAAUAUCUUUAUGUUUUAUUGAUUGUUUUCGGAGUGGUUUUAUUUAUGUAUAAAGAACCAAAACAGACAACGAAAGCAACUGAAGAUGGUGAAAUAUAUGGUAUUGGAGAAUUUCUUUUGUUUGUUUCACUUGUCUUUGAUGGUCUUACCGGUGGUAUACAAGACAGUAUUCGUGAUAAACAUAAAGUUCAAGCUUAUCACAUGAUGUUUGCAAUGAAUAUAUGGUCAUGUUUAUGGGCAUUCAUUGGUAUUCUUGCAACUGGUGAAUUAUAUGGUUUUAUUGAUUUUCUUCAGACAUAUCCUGAUGUUAUUUCAAAGAUUAUUUUACUCAGUUUAACAGGUGCAGUAGGACAAAAUUUUAUUUUUCUUACAAUUGAAUGGUUUGGCCCAUUGACAUGUUCAAUUGUUACAACAACACGAAAAUUUUUUACUAUACUUUGUUCAAUAUUUAUUUUUGGCAAUCCAAUAACAAUUCGUCAAAUGUUUGGAACAGUACUUGUUUUUCUUGGUCUUUUUCUUGAGCAAUUGCAUGGAAAGAAACAUUAA